GUUUUAUGUGGAAUUUCUAUUAGCUUUGAACUACCUCACGAUAAAUCUAGCAUGGAUAUAGAAAUUAAACCUAGCGCCACACUAAGUAGUAAUCCUGGAUCAGGCCUAUCUAGAAACAUAGGUCCAAAAAGAGCAAGACCCAACGAUGCCCAAGCAAAGGGAGACAAUGAAGGUUUUAAGAGGGAAAUACAAGUAAUGAAUAACGUUCGCAUGCCAUCAUCCUUUAUUAAGGAAAAUGGUGACAUUAUAAAGAGGAUGAAAAGAAAAGCUCACUACAUGCCUGCGCAACCUAAGCCUCAACAAAGUGCUCAAAAGGCCCCCAAGAAAGAAGCCAAGCAAGAAGAAGUGAGUCCUGUACCACUUAUAAUAGGCAUAUCGAUUACUGCAUUCAUAGUUAUGUUUAUAUUUGUAUGCUUUGAAUUACCUCACGAUAAUGUUGGUCAAGCUAGCGCAGGUUCUAAAACAAAAAUAGGGUUAUCUACAAAUCUAAAGCAGGAUCAAGAACGCGCAAAACAUAAUGUAAAUGAAGUAGUAAAGGCAAAUAAUGAUGUUUUCAAGAAAGAAAUACAUCAACAAAUUCCAAUGAACAUGCAUAAACAACCUUCCGUAAACAAUGAAAAUGAUGGUCUUAUCAAGAGGAUAAAAAGAAAAGCUAAGGCAAAACCCAAGGCUCAAAAGAAGAAAAAUUCAAGUGGUAGGGUGCAGCCGUCGGUAUAUAGUAGGUCUAUGAGUAUUUCAUAUCGUCAUGGUUUAGGGAAGGUGGAGGGUUUAAUGAAACAUAAAACUGGCCUACUAGCAUUUUCUAGCGCCUUAAUAUUGCAUCACCAUGACUAUAAUGGAAACUCUCUCUUAAACGAAUCGAGAAAUGGCCUUGGAAAUGGUGUAGAUCCUAACAAGACUAGGUUGAGAAGAAGAAGAAAUAUUGUUGGCCAACUUGAUCUUGAUCUAGAUCUACCACUAUCAGAUCUAAGCCAUCCAAGAUUUAAAAGCGCGAAAAAUAAUGGUGGUAAACAUCUUAAAGGAUCUAAACCCGAUUUUACUAAAAAUAAGUAUGUAAAAUCAAAAAAUGAUACAGCAGUGGCCAAAAUGGUGGAAAUAAAGGGAAACACUGAUGGUUUGAAAAACGAAAUACAAGUUCCGAUUAACAUUCACAAACAACCUUCCGUAAACAAUGUAAAUGAUAGCCUUAUCAAAAGGAUAAAAAGAACCAACCAACCAACGAUUAUAUACGGAAAAAGAGAAAAACGAAAAAAAAAACCAAGAAUUGAGGAUGCGCAGGUGAUGUUAAAGAGACAGGAGAAGGCCAAGGCUGAUGCAGAGAAGAAAAAAAAAGAGGAUGAAAGUACCCAAGCUACUAUCAAAAUGGCACUGAUGGGUGUAAUAGGUGUUGUUUCCUUCAUACUUGUAAUCGUGUGUGUACGGUUAAGGAGAAAUGUGGGUGUACAACUUGCUCUUGAGCUACCACCAUCCGAUAAAAGUCAUUCAAGAUAUAAAAGAGUUCCGGCGAAGAGUAAAACGAAAAAGCCUGUUGAUGAAGUCAAGAUACAUAAGAAAGAGAAACAAAUUAAAAGAGCUAAACCUGUUCUUAGUAUAAAAAGGGAGGUGGAAAUAAAGACCAAAUCAAAAAAUGACACAGCAUUGAACCAAGUGGUGAAAAGUGAAGGAGAAAUUGGAGUGUCAUUUACAACCAUCUUGAUUAUCGUGGUGAUUAUUGUUUGUUGUUGCAGGUCAAAAUCAGAUAGAACGAUAAAGGAGAUAGAGAAGGAGAAGGAGAAUCAAAGGAAGGAGAAGCAAAAGAAGGACAAGGAAAAUAAACAUAAGGAAAAGAAAGAGAAAAAGAAAAAGAAAAAGGAUGAAACAAAUGUAAAACCAAUACAAACUUUUAACACGAAUAGAAUGGGACAAAAUAUGGGACAGAUGGGACAGAUGGGACAUAUGCAACAAAUGUCACAACUUUUACAAUUACAACAAAUGGGAAGCGGGAAAAUGGAUAUGGAAGCGAUUAGAAAGAUGGAGGAAGAAUUGAUAGGCCUACAAAAUGCAGAAAUAAUAGCAGAAAAAAGGAGGAAAAUUCUUAUGAAUAACAUGAUGAUGUCUUCCUAUCAAUAA